ACCACGCUCGAAAUGAGAAAGCCCAAUGACGCAGAAUGGACGGCUAAGAAAACAUCGCUGCAUUAGCUGCUCGCAAUAGUGCUACUAAAUGCGAAAUAAAAAAUUGUUUGGUGUGAAAUGUUUCGAAAUACUUUUUUAUUUGUGAAUCAUAAUUGUUAAAUUAUUAUUAAUAAUUUCAAAAAAUUAUAAAUUAAAAUAAUAAAUUAUUUAAAAAGUUAUAAGAACGUAAAAAUUAAAAAUAUUAAAUAUUAAAAUUAAAAAUUAAAACUCGUUAAAUUGUUUUGAAAUUGUGUAUCCCUUCGUAAUUGAUACCAUUUAAAACGUUUUUCAUUCGUUCAGACAUUUUUUAAAAUCUGUUUUGCUCAUUUUGUGCAAAGUUGUAAUCCGUAUUUGGAUUUUUGGAUACUGGUCUUAAUUGAUUUUCUCUGGUUCUUAAAAUUUGGAUCUAAUUUAGCUCUGUGGAUUAUUAACUGGUUAUGGGCAGGCAGCAGUGUCAGACGCAUACGAACUUCCUACUGCAAAUAU